AUGGCAACUAUCACAACACCUAGUAUAACAACAAUUGAACAAUUAAGUAUUAACAAUCCGUCGUAUAUAUCUGAUCCAAAUGAUCCAACAGAAAAUAUUCUUGAUGAUGAUAUUCUUCCGCCAAUGCCAUUCAAUCGACAAGAACGACCACAAUCAACUCGUACAACUCGUUCAACAACAAGUCGUUCAUCAGUGAAUAACCUUGACGGACGUGUUUCAUGUCAUGAUUAUCAUGCUUCUAAAUAUUUCUCAUAUAGAAAUCAAGGAUUUGAAAAAGCACUUUAUAAUAUUCAAAAAGGAUUUUUUCCUAAUAUUGAUUUUACAACUGAAUUUCGAGAUAAUCUUAUGAAACGAUCAUGGUUAUUAAUUGAUAUUGAUCAUUGGAAUUUACAUCGUGAAGUUAUUGUUACAAUUAUGGAAAAUCAUAUAUUAAUUGUUCGUUAUAAUUUUGUACGAGAACGGAUUAUUUAUUCACAAAUAAUUCGUUUUGAUGAUAUUACUUCAGUUACAUAUGGUCCAUGUUCUUAUCCAAAUAAAUCUCUAAUGGGUGAAUAUCAAUAUGGUGGAAUUAAAAUUAUUCAUGGAGAUGAACCAUCGUUUUUGACACGUUGGAAUCCAGGUGCUCAAACUAAUGUACAUGUAUUCGUAUCACAUCAUUUAGCUUAUAAUGAUAAAGAACGUGAAACGAUUUAUUAUAAUUGUGAUGAAUUUAUUCAAUCACUUGAUACUGCUUUAAAUACAUAUCGUCGAACACAAAAUAAAGAAAAACUUGAAUUUGUUGAAGAUAAAAUUAUUAUUCCAAGUUAUGCAAAUGUUUGGUCUCUUCUCUUUAAUCAAAGUUAUUUAGGCUUUAAUCGUGAUCGAAAUGGAGCUAAUUGGUAA